ACUGCGAAUAGGCUGGUAAGGCAAAUCGCUGGCGUCAAAGGCACCGACACACUACUACGCUGCCCGAAAGUGUCUUCCACAUUUCAGUAUCUAACUGGGGGAUAUUGCGAGAAGGAUGCAUGCAAGUUUAAAUAUUUGCGAAAGCACGGAUUUUUGUCAUCAAAGGAGCUCUGGGAGAGAAUGCAUAUGCUUACACCAUGCCUGUGUAAACUCAUUAUGAACAAUAGGGUCCUGGGCAAUAUGGCUAACCAGAAUCGCAGUAUGCGGAGUAUGGGGGGUAUGAGGGGCAAUGUCGACCAGGGUUAUGGGAAUGAGUGA